GUUGAAGUCAUUUUAUGAUGAAAAGGGUAAUACGGUCAAAUCAGUAUUCCCGGCUCAAAUUUUACUAAAACAGCCACUAGCCAGCCAGAUCCCAAAAUUUUGUCAUGGCUUCUUCAUCUCCUUCGUAUUCGCAAAGCUGAAAAACUUGCUGCUCUCUCUAUAAGUCCACUACUCCUUCAAGCAAAGCAUCUUCCUCCUCUUCUUCAUCAGCGAUUGAUUUGGUUUCGAUUUAAACCAGACCCAUCUACGGGAUCUGGAACAAGCUUCGUCUCUGUUUCUGGUCUGAUCAACAGGGAAUAACCAAAAAAAAUGGAGUCUUUCUUCUCCAGAUCCACCUCCGUAGUCUCCAGAUUGAGUUUCUUGGCCGUAUGUAUCGUCUUCUUGAUUUCAUCCUCUUCUUUCACUUCCACAGAAGCAUAUGAUGCGCUCGAUCCAGAAGGCAACAUUACGAUGAAAUGGGAUGUCAUGAGCUGGACUCCUGAUGGCUAUGUUGCCGUGGUUACGAUGUUCAACUUCCAAAAAUACAGACACAUACAAUCUCCAGGAUGGACAUUAGGUUGGAAAUGGGCAAAGAAGGAAGUUAUAUGGAGUAUGGUCGGAGCACAAACAACCGAACAAGGUGACUGUUCAAAGUACAAAGGAAACAUACCGCAUUGUUGUAAGAAAGAUCCAACGGUUGUAGAUUUGCUCCCGGGGACUCCAUAUAACCAGCAGAUUGCUAACUGCUGCAAAGGCGGUGUGAUGAACUCGUGGGUUCAAGACCCUGGCAACGCGGCUAGCUCCUUCCAGAUCAGUGUUGGCGCGGCUGGAACCACAAACAAAACCGUUCGAGUGCCAAGAAACUUCACUCUCAUGGGCCCUGGUCCAGGCUACACUUGCGGGCCAGCUAAGAUUGUGAAACCAACCAAGUUUGUCACCACCGACACACGCAGAACCACUCAAGCUAUGAUGACAUGGAACAUUACGUGCACAUACUCUCAGUUCCUUGCUCAGAGAACUCCGACUUGCUGCGUUUCUUUGUCUUCUUUUUACAAUGAAACCAUCGUCGGAUGUCCAACUUGUGCUUGCGGAUGCCAAAACAACAAAACGGAAUCAGGCGCCUGUCUCGACCCGGACACACCGCACUUGGCUUCUGUUGUGUCACCACCGACGAAGAAAGGAACGAUUUUACCGCCAUUGGUGCAGUGCACGAGACACAUGUGCCCGAUCAGAGUGCAUUGGCACGUGAAGCAGAACUACAAAGAGUAUUGGCGAGUGAAGAUCACAAUCACAAACUUCAACUAUCGCUUGAACUACUCACAGUGGAACAUGGUCGCUCAGCAUCCAAAUCUCGACAACAUCACUCAGAUCUUCAGCUUCAAUUACAAAUCCCUCACUCCUUACGCCGGAUUAAACGAUACGGCGAUGUUAUGGGGAGUGAAGUUCUACAACGAUUUCCUAUCAGAGGCAGGGCCGCUUGGGAAUGUGCAAUCGGAGAUUUUGUUCCGUAAAGAUCAAUCAACCUUCACAUUCGAGAAAGGAUGGGCUUUUCCUCGCAGGAUCUACUUUAACGGAGACAAUUGCGUCAUGCCUCCUCCUGACACUUACCCUUUUCUUCCUAACGCUGGUUUCCGGCCACAAUUCUCAGUCGUCGCCGCCGUGCUUCUCCCUGUUCUUGUCUUCUUCUUCUUCUUCUCCGUGUAAACCUCGGAUUUACGGUUUUGCCACUGACGACGUUCCUGUGUUCCGGUUCGGUUAGAGUUAGGCGGCGGCUGGUUUGAUUGUACUGUGGAGUGGUAUAAACGUUUAUUUAUGAUUCUUUCGCCUCCCACAAAAUUAUAACCUUCUUGAUACCGUUUAUUUUUAUAUAUAGUUUUCAACUUCGUUGUUUUUAUUUUUGAUUUAUUUACUUGUGUUCGUAAAAUUGCUGGGUACUGUAGAAAUAUUAUAAAAAAAAAGAUGAUAAUGUCAUAUAUACAUAUUUUCUUGUCUGCUGUUAUAUACAUUUAAAUUUGUGUAACUGUAAUCAAAAUGUUUGAUAAUGCAAACGAAAUAAAGUAAGUCGAAAA